GGGGCUGGAGCUAUCAUCACUCGGAGGCCUGGGCAGAUGCAACAGAUUAUUAUCUAGAGUUUUUGUUCACAAUGAAUGAGGACGUUUGAUCAUUGGACAAAUGAGUCUUGGACACAGAAUGAGUAAAGUAUUGAGAUGAGGUGUACAGGUUAACAACAGCAGGUGUAAAGGUGCAGGUGCAGGUGGAUGCAACCAACCUGAGUCUUAUCUGGAACAAUGUGAGCUGGGUUGUGACAGAAUUGAGAGAUUACAGCAGUGUCAGGGAAGACGGACCAAGGUUUGAGAGAGGUCUGAUUCGGCUUAUCUACGACAUGGAGGUGUUCCUGGUGAUGUGAAGGCUGCACAUCACUCGCACCUCCCACUACCCCAACCCCUCCCACUCCCACCUUUCACACUACCUGCAUGGAGGCAGCAUUUCUAAAGCUGAAGCCCAGGUGAGCUCACCACACACAGAGCAUGGACUCUCUACAUCUGCCAAAGCAAAUGGCUCCUGAAAACAAAGAAGACCACAAUGAUAACCAAGGAAAUAAAAACAAGGAGGUCGAAGCGAGUCCUGCACAUUCCAGUGUGGCGUUGGUUGAGGACGAGACUGAGGACACAGACCCAUGGGACCUGCCAGAGCUGAAGGACUCCGGGGUCCCAUGGUCAGCUCUGGAUACGAGAGGGAAGGUGAUGAGGGUGCUGGUGUCGCUGGCCAAGUUGGUCCUGCUGCUGGGUUUCCUCUACAUGUUCAUCUGCUCCCUCGACAUCCUGAGCUCAGCUUUCCAGCUGGUUGGAGGUAAAACAGCAGGUGACAUCUUCCAGGACAACUCAGUUUUGGCCAACCCGCUGGCUGGUCUGGUCAUUGGUGUUCUGGUCACUCUGCUGGUGCAGAGCUCGUCAACUUCCUCCUCUAUAGUUGUCAGCAUGGUCUCCUCUGGACUGCUAACAGUCCAACUGGCUGUUCCUAUCAUCAUGGGCACCAACAUUGGGACCUCCGUCACCAACACACUAGUCGCAAUGACGCAGGCUGGUGAUCGCAGCACAUUUCGGAGGGCUUUUGCAGGGGCCACCGUGCACGACUUCUUCAACUGGCUGUCUGUGCUGGUGCUGCUGCCUCUGGAGGUGGCCACUGGUUAUAUGUUCGUGGUCACUAAGCUCAUCAUCGAGUCCUUUAACAUCCAGAGCGGAGAGGCCCCAGACUUGUUGAACGUGAUCACUGAUCCCCUCACCGAUUCAAUCAUAUUGUUGGACCGGACUGUCCUCACUGGGAUUGCCACUGGAGACCCCGCAGCCAGGAAUAAGAGUCUCAUCAAGAGAUGGUGCCAAACCUUCACAAACACGUCGUUAAUGAAUGUUACAGUUCCUGGUCCAGAGAACUGCACCUCUCCAUCUCUCUGCUGGGUCGAUGGCAACUACACCGUCACGCUGAAGAACAUUUCUGAAACAUAUAAUGUCCAGAAAUGUAAACACGUCUUCGUGGAUGUGAAUCUCUCUGACCUGGCGGUGGGUCUGAUCCUGCUGGCUCUCUCUCUGCUCGUGCUCUGCUCCUGCCUGAUCCUCAUCGUCAAGCUGCUCAACUCCAUGUUGAAGGGUCAGGUGGCUGCAGUCAUCAAGACCAUCCUCAACACUGAUUUCCCAUUUCCAUUCGGUUGGGUCACUGGUUACAUUGCCAUUUUAGUCGGAGCUGGCAUGACCUUCAUCGUGCAGAGCAGUUCUGUCUUCACCUCGGCAAUUACACCACUUGUUGGUAUUGGUGUCAUCAGCAUAGAGAGAGCAUACCCACUGUCCCUGGGUUCAAAUAUUGGUACAACCACCACAGCCAUCCUGGCAGCCAUGGCUAGUCCUGGAGACACACUGGCUAAUGCUCUACAGAUCGCCCUCGUCCACUUCCUGUUCAACAUCUCUGGCAUCCUCCUUUGGUAUCCGAUCCCUUUCACCCGUAUCCCCAUCCGGCUGGCUAAAGGUCUGGGCAACAUCACCGCCUCCUACCGCUGGUUUGCAGCUGUCUACAUCCUCUGCUGCUUUUUCGUUUUUCCACUCUUUGUCUUCAGCCUGUCGCUGGCUGGCUGGCAGGUACUGGUCGGUGUGGGUGCACCUUUAGUUGUCAUGUUAAUCAUCAUCAUAGUGAUCAACGUGUUGCAGAAACGCAAACCUGGGUGUUUGCCUGCAAUACUGCGAUCCUGGGAUUUCCUCCCUUUGUGGGCCCACUCCCUGGCUCCCUGGGACAAAGUGGUUGGAGUGAUUACUGCCAAAUGCUGCUGCUGCUGCAAAUGCUGCCAAAUAGCUGCUGAAGACCCGGAACACACAGAGAAAGAGUGUUUGGAGAAGGAUCAGAAGACACACACAGAGGUGUACGAUAACCCUGCAAUGAGUGCAGAGAAAGAGGUGGAAAAUGAGAUUAAGAUAGAGCAGCUGCAGAUCUUGAAGAUGACGCAGUUGUGAGGUUUUUUAUAUAUACACUGAAUGAGUGUUUGAUUGUGUGUGUGUGUGUGUGUGUGUGUGUGUGUGUGUGUGUGUGUGUGUGUGUGUGUGUGUGUGUGUGUGUGUGUGUGUGCAUGUGCAUGUGCGUGAUGUAAAGAACCAAAAACGUUCAGGACCAAUUUCCACAAUAUUCAUGUUCUUACUUUGAGUAGAUCAGUGUAAGAUGAGAAAUGUUUUUUUAAGGACUUCUGUUGGUCUUCCAAAUAUACUAUCUGAAAUGGCCUUUAAAGGGUAAGGUGGCAAUAUACUAUAUAUUUAAAAGCAAGGUGGAAGGAGCGCUACUGGUGUCCCUCAAACCCCUGGUGCCCUUGGAAGAGAACAUUUUUUUUGGAAAACUUUCCAGACGCAACAGGUGAUGACGGCAUGUGCAGAGGCAAGAUGGCAGAGAGGAGUCUGAUGUGAUAUCCGCUUCUCAACAAUUCCUCUUCCUGUAAUGUCUAUGUUAACCAGUCUGAUUCAUUUUAACUAACUAAAUCUCACUUGUUUCAAAGCUACCCAUAUGUAAAUAAUAUUCAUAAGUUUGAAUUUAUUAAAUUGAAAGAUUCUCAUUGAUUCUAAGAAAUUUUACUAAAUAACUAUUAAUAACGUAGAUAUUUACAUUAAAUUAAAUCAAUGCAAAUACUUAAUAAUAAAUUAUGCCAGAAUUUAUUUUUGAGAGUGCAGGGAGGAUUAAUCUGGAUUUGACUGCAUCGUCAAUACUUGGCAGGAUUAGCAGGAUUCAUUCAUUGUUGUUUUUCAUACUUUCAUGUGAUUUGUGGACAACAAGAACAUUUUUGAAUAUUACCAGACUUAUCCUCUAAUGUUUCUAACUUAAGCACUAACAGGCUGAAAACCAUCCACACUUAGACAGACCUAAAUGGAAAAAAUGCACUUAAUGUAUUUCAUAUUGUAAUUAAAAUGAUAUAAUACAAAUGAAGUGUAUAUAUAAAUCUAAUGUUAUGUCUUACUGAAAGAGCAGAGCAAUGCAAAUCAAAGUGAAUGUCUUGAAUGUGAAGGUGCCAUGGCCUCUGUCAAUGAGUUUUUGCAGUAGAUAUAGUCAAGAUCAGAUCUGCACCGACCUGCUGAGCACAGAUGUGAGAGACAAAGAUUUGUUUUCAUGUGUUUCAACAUUUUUGUCAGGUUUUGUAUUUUUACAGAGAAAAGAAAAUGACUAAUAAUCCACUGUA